GAAUCAACUCUUUGAAAGGGCAGAUAACUGAAGGACGAGGGGAGUUGGUUUGAAGUUGAGGGAGGGAAGAUUGAGGUUGGAUAUCAGGGGGAAGUUCUUUACUGUGAGAGUGGUGAGGAGCUGGAACAGCUGCCCAGAGAGGCUGUGGAUGCCCCGUCCAUCCCUGGAGGUGUUCAAGGCCAGAUCAAUUACGACAUACCUGCAGUCAACAAUGUUUUCCAAGCUAAUCCGCUCCCAGAGCCUUGCUGCUCUCUGCAGAGGUGUUCAUACUUCACUGAACUCUGCUACCUCAGUUGCUACAAAGAAAACUAUUCAAGGACCUCCAUCUUCUGAUUACAUCUUCGAGCGUGAGGCGAAAUACGGUGCCCACAAUUAUCACCCACUGCCUGUCGCUCUGGAGAGGGGAAAAGGUGUUUAUGUGUGGGAUGUCGAAGGCAGAAAGUAUUUUGACUUUCUAAGUGCUUACAGUGCUGUCAAUCAAGGCCACUGUCACCCAAAGAUUGUGAACGCUCUGAAAGCUCAAUCCGAAAAACUGACCCUGACAUCUAGAGCAUUCUAUAACGAUGUGCUUGGUGAAUAUGAGGAGUUUGUCACCAAAAUGUUCAACUAUAACAAAGUUCUUCCAAUGAACACAGGAGUGGAAGCUGGAGAAACUGCCUGUAAGUUGGCUCGCAAGUGGGCAUACACUGUGAAAGGAAUUCCAAAAUACAAAGCAAAGAUUAUUUUUGCAGCUGGCAACUUCUGGGGCAGAACAAUGUCUGCUAUCUCAAGCUCUACAGACCCCUCCAGUUAUGAUGGAUUUGGACCCUUUAUGCCAGGUUUUGAAUUGAUCCCUUACAAUGACCUGCCAGCUCUCGAGCGGGCUCUUCAGGAUCCCAACGUGGCAGCUUUCAUGGUGGAACCAAUUCAAGGGGAAGCAGGUGUGAUCGUUCCUGACAAAGGUUACCUGAUGGGAGUACGGGACCUCUGCACAAAGCACAACGUUCUGUUCAUUGCUGAUGAAAUACAGACUGGAUUAGCCAGAACUGGGAAAAUGCUAGCUGUUGACCACGAAAAUGUGAGACCUGAUAUAAUUCUUCUUGGAAAGGCACUUUCUGGUGGCUUAUAUCCUGUCUCAGCAGUGUUAUGUGAUGAUGAAGUUAUGCUGACUAUUAAGCCUGGUGAACAUGGAUCUACAUAUGGAGGAAAUCCCCUGGCUUGUCGUGUUGCACUGGCAGCACUGGAGGUAAUUGAAGAGGAAGGCCUGGUUAAAAAUGCAGAAAUAAUGGGUAACAUACUAAGAAAUGAGCUCAUGAAGACACCGUCUGACAUUGUAACCUGUGUCAGAGGAAGAGGACUCUUAAAUGCAAUUGUGAUUCGGGAAACCAAAGACUACGACGCCUGGAAGGUGUGUCUGCGGCUGCGCGAUAACGGGCUCCUCGCCAAACCCACCCAUGGCGACAUCAUCCGGCUGGCCCCGCCGCUGGUCAUUAAGGAGGACGAAAUCAGAGAGUGCAUCGAAAUCAUCCACAAGACCAUCCUGUCUUUCUGAACACGUGGCUUUCGAAGUGUGCUUGUUGGCUGACCCGAGGCGAUCAGUUGAAACGUGCGUGACGGAGGACUGCUCGUCAAGCAGACGCCUUUGAUUCAUCUCAUCUAAAGAGGACUUGGCUUUUUAAAAUGAACAAUAAAAAGGGUGGGGGAAAAAAUAUCCAUGUCUUUAAAUAAAAAUGGCCCUGAAGAACACAAGUCACUAUUUCAAAGAGCUUCCAAUCUUGGACUACUUGGAAACAAAAUUGCAAGGUUCUGUUUAUCUAGUUGGUGCUUACUGAACUGCUCAAUCAGAAUAUUUGAGGGGAGGUGCUCAUAGAAAUCUGUUUAAUUCUUGAAAAUCUUGGCUAAAGUUCAACAUAUAAAUUGAUAUAUAUUUGAAUAAGGGUGGUCUUGAGCUCUCAUAGAACUGACCAGUCUGAUGUAGUCUCUCUCUCUCUCACAUCUGGCAUUUUUCUCUCCUGGUGUAAUGUCUGAUGUGUGGAAGCGCUUGCAGUUAUGGCUGAAUUUCUGUUUCUCAUUUGUAGCUUAAAAAAAAGUAAUUCUGUAGGUUUGACAGACCAGUUGUUAUACUGGUGUACAAUCAUCAGGCUGUAUUCUGUGUGUAAAGUAUUUUGAUUGUAUAACAAGAGUUGCUAUUUUCUAGGCUGGGCUCAGUGUUUGGCUUUGCAGCCUUGUAAAAUAGAUCUGAGUAUACAGAUCUGUUUUUGCUGUUAUAAAACUUUCUAUAAUCUGAAUGUUUAUAUUACAACAUGCCUUGCAUUAAAAAGAAUGUGCAAUUUAAAUCUGCAAAGCAUUAAAAACAGCAAGCCUCACAGAAACUUGUGGUUGCCUCUGUCCAGUGUCACAUCAAGCUCUACCUUUUGCAGUCUGCAUUUCUCUCUGUUGUGAUAUGGAAGCUUUUGCUGUACUUUUUAUCCAGGAUGAGUACUUCUGUGUUUCUGUGCCUCUUGGAUCCACAGCUAUUUGUGCAGCUGCAGAGCUGGCUACUAUUCUUACACUAGGUUGGUUUUUGUGUUUAUUGCCUAACUGAGCUGGUUUUAGCUGAGGCUAAACCCUGAUUAAUAACUGUUUAAGCAAAAUGGUGCUUUUGCCAAGCAUGGAGGUUAAAUAUUGUCACAUGUUGAUAAUUGGAUGUGGUAAACAAUUCUGUGUUAAUUUCAAUAAUAUUUUAAAGGCAGCAGAGUGUAUAGGAGUGAACUAAUCUGCUGUUUAACAUCACAGCAUAGAUGAGUGUGUACUUUACUUUGUACAUGGAUGAAAUAAGACUUGUUCAGUUUGGAAAGGCCUCAUUUCUGCAAGGGAUGCUGUGUCUGGUUGUUACUCUUAGGAAUAAGAAUAAAAGUGCAGAAAGGUGCUGCCUAGGAAAGCUUGCACUUCUGCCAGCUGUGCUUAUGCAAUGUAAUUGGAAAGGGAUGAAAUAAGUGAAAGAAACUGUUAUGUAAACAUAAUUACUAGCAUGCUUUCAGAGAUCAAAAGGUAAACCCCAGAAAGUCCUUGUGUUUACUUUCAUAGAGUAACAGGGCAGAUAAGAACUGAAGACAUCAUCAGGUCCAUUCUCCUGCCCCAGUUAUAGCUCUGUCACUGUUGGCAUAAAAAAUAUUGCCUGGAAGGGCUCUGGGGCAGAAGACUCCAUGGUUUGUGUUUCAGUGCUUCCCUGUCCUUGCUGUCAGCAAAUCCCCUGCUAUCUUCUCCAUGCAUUUCCCUUGCAGCCCAUUUAUACUACCCACCAGGUCCACAGAGAAGAGGUUACUUUCCUUCUGCACAGCAGUCUCUUACACAUGUAAAGACUGCUGAUAAUUCUAUUUCAGCCACUGCUUUUUCUCUAGUCUUAUAUUUCUUUUUGAGGUAGAUUUUCUGGAGCCCUUGAACAUUCCUGCUUCUCUCCUUCUGUGAUUCACCACUCCAACUGUUGCCCUCACGGAUGCUGAGCUGGUUUGUAUGGCUUGUUUGCUGUGCUGCAGUAUGCACCCAAGUACUGUGCUUUGGUUUUUCUUGCAGUGGCAUAUUUUGAUUUCUCAGCCUGUGCUCCCAGGCUCCCUUUUGUGCAAAUUGUUUUGAUAAACAUCUUUGAAGCUG